UCAAUCCACUUGAAUGCGAUAAUUCCUUAUUAUUUCCUCGAUGAUGAUUACGAAGGUUUUCCCGCAGAGUACUUUUGUGUCUGUCCUCGUUAUGCGAACUACGUAACCAAUGUGCUCAUCCCCAACGGGAUGAUCAAGGAUAGGCAAGUGAUCGAGAAGUUGGCAUUGGACAUAGUAACCAGUUUGGAAAAAGGCAAUGCGCGAUCUGUGACCCUACUUUGUGUACUGAAAGGUGGUUUUAAAUUUUUGGGCGAUCUGAUCGCCGCGCUUGAAUCGACAAUCCGUGCACGAGAGACCAUCCUACCCUUGUCCGUAGAUUUUUUGCGCAUUCGGAGCUACGUUGACUUGCUGGUUGUCGAAGAUAUCAUAGAUACAGGGAAAACAAUGAGUUGCUUGCUGUCCUAUUUGAAAAAACUCUCUCCGCGCUCCAUUCGAGUGGCCAGGUAA